UAUAUAUAUAUAUAUAUAUAGUGUGCAUUUUUUGUUUUUAGUUGUUCUGCUUGGUUUGUGUGUUUUUGCCUCUCAAAUGAGGUUGCUUGUGAAUCACCAAAGACUGUAAUUUGAAGGCUCUGUUCCAAACCUAGUGAUCUGCCUAAGCAGGCAGAUUUCAAGGCAUUGUAGAUACACUCCUGGUGCAAAAGCUCCCUGAGAUUCACUUUCAUGGAAAGAUAUCAUCCUCCUCUGCUUUAACAUUGUUAAUCCAAAAUGAAUGUUUAGAUGCAAACAUGUUUAAAGGGAUGCUCCACCCCAAAAUGAAAAUGUUGUCAUUAAUCAUUCAUCUAAGAUAUUUUGGAUGGAAACCGGGAUGCCUGUGACUGUCCCAUAGACUGCCAAGUAAGUUACACUGUUGAGGUCCAGAAAAGUAUGAAAGACAUUGUCAGAACAGUCCAUCUGCCAUCAGUGGUUCAACCGUAACGUUAUGAAGCGGCAAGAAGCAAAAAAUAAAUAAAUAAAUAACGAGUCUAUUCAACAAUUCCUUUGUAAACAAUCUUCUCUGUGUCACUCCAUAUGCUGCAUAGUGUAACUUAAAUGGCAGUCUAUGGGACAGACACAGGUCUCCUGGUUUUCAUCCAAAAUAUCUUAAUGUGUUCUGAAGACGAACAAAGCUUUUAUGGGUUUGGAACAACAUGGGGGUAAGUGAUAAAUGACAACAUUUUCAUUUUGGGGUGAAGUAUCCCUUUAAGAUCAGCUGAGAGGGUGUCGAUUUGUUAGUAAGAUUCCUCUCAAAAGUAGAUUAUUCAGCAUAUUGAAGCAUCAUGUCUAAGAUGCGUUCUGUAUGUCUAAUGAGAUAUCGACUGACAUCAGUAAUACAAGUGAUGCUAUGUGGCUAAAAUGGUAGAGCAUUGUGUUAGCAGCGCAAGGUUGUGGGUUCAAUUCCCAGGGAGCAGGUUAAGUAAAAAAUGUUAGCCUGAAUGCACUGUAAGUCACUUUGGAUAAAAGCAUCUGCUAAAUGCAUUAAUUUAAUUUAAUUUAAUUUAAAAUGUUCAUGUUUGGUCAUGUCUUUUUUUUUCUUUGUGAGCAGUGAAAACGACAGCAAGGCAGCUCGUUAGGCUUUGGAACAGAACCAUUUGUCAGAGCAAGGUAGCUACUCUUUCUGCAUAGACCUCACGUAUACUAAAGUAAUUAUAGUCAUGGGGUACAUUUCGAAAAUUGUAUUUAUAAAAAUGGCUGAGGUUAUGUUUAGCUUUUUGAACAAGUAAUAAGUUGUAUCAUCUAUCUUGAAUGUAUCGUAGACAAGCUGCUAUAUAUUGAUUGCCACUUCAGAUAGCUGUGAAAUUAGAUUAGACUAGUUCAUAUCUGCAUUCGUUUAUUUGUAUGGGUCUUUCUGAUUGCCUAAACUAGAAGUGGAUUUUGAUUUUGAGUAAAUUUUUUGCUUCAAUGUUUGGAGUGUCAUUGUAACUACUGUACUGCUGAUACUGGACAUUUAAAAUAGUUUUUCUCUCUUUUUUUUUUCAAAUCAGUAUUGUAUCUUCAUAACCGUUCUGACUCAUCACUGCAUAUUAAUGGAUGUAUUUGUGUAACUUAAUUUUUGUAUGCUUACCUGUUUAUCUGUUUUUGACUUGUAAUAUCUUGCAGGAUUGAUUUAACUUUAUUCUAAUGAACAGUUAUACUGCAGUGUUUUAUAAAUACAAACAUCUGUAAUUUUAUUACGUCCCCCCCCCCCCCUCUCAUUUAAUAUGAUAAUCAGCCCCAUAACCUCAUGCCACUAAGCACUUACUAAAACUCUAGUACAGUGGUGUGAUUAAAAUAAUUUAGUGUCCAGAUGAAUUGUGAUUUUUAUUCAUGUUUGUCAUUUGAAAAUUGAGAACAUGUUUGUAACAAAUUAUCUCUGAUGUCAGCUGAUGUGUUGUAUUCAUGUUUGGUCAUGGUCAUGGUUUUCUUUUUUUCUUUUUUUUCUGAGCAGUGUAAGCAACACUGUGUGUGCCUUGAUUAUGAUAUAUUGGUAAUGACACAUUCACUUUGCAAAAUCAAGUAUUCAGCUCACCCAUUGACCAGACCAAAUAUAAGAAACAACAAACAGUAUAACUUUCCAUUCCAGGGAUCGAAAGGGUUAUAUGCACGUUUAAAAAAAUAAAUAAUUUGAGUUAUUAAUCACUAAUAUAUGUCUAGUUAAUGUAAAUCAGCUAAUUUAACUUUUUUAAAUUAUUUUUUUUUAAUAUAUAUUCUAAUUUCAGUCUUUGCAUUAAUAAGAAUGUAAUGUAUUGCACCCUGUGCAUGUUUCGAUCCCUGUGAAAUGGCAUCCACCAGCAUUUAGCCUGAAUACAUCCAAUGACAAUAAAGAAAAAUUAAACCGUAUUCAACACUUUCAAUAUUGAAUGUUUAUAUUUAAACAAAUUAAAAAAGGAUAUGGGUGAUUUCUGUUGAACUCUUUUCUAUUAACAGCAACAUUCAAUAAACAUUAUUGCCACCGUUUUAAUGACAUUCAAUGUUUUUAUGCAUUUUAUUAUUAUUAUUAUUAUUAUUAUGGAGGUAAUGUAAUGGCAAAAUGACAUCUGGGUCUUUUUUAAAUUAUUUUACUUAAAUUAUUUACCAUUCAACUUGAAAUUGACCUCCCGAUGUGUUUUUUUUUUUUUUUUUUUUCUUCUGUCAAAUAAAUCAUUUCACACUGCAAGACGUGGAUUUCAUGUUUCAAUUACUUGUUUAAUUAAGAGUUGAUCAAAUCAAACUGGUCUUCACUGUUUUGAUAUUAGUAGACUUUUGUGGCUUUUUGAAUGGCCUUUUUUUGUAAUGCUACACUAGUUUGUCAUGUAGCACUUGCACUGUGAAAUAUAUAAUCGUAUGAGGACCGGGGAAAUGUAACCCUUUGGAUAUAAUGUCUUUACAGAGUGUAAUUGAUGUUUCCUCUCUAGUUCUCAGAGAAUAAAGAUGUGACCAAGCCUUCUCUACUUAGUCACAUUAAACAGAAUUUCCAGGUGACUUUUGGUGAGUGAACACGAAUCCAUGGUGUUUUAUUGUCUAUUUUCACUUUGAAUGCAAAAUAAAAAUAAAAUAAAAACAGAGAAAAAAAUCUAUUGUUGCAACCCUUUCUUAGUUUAGAACGAAAAUAUGACAAGUAUCUUUGUAUAAAUGUCCAGUACAUAAUGUUAAAUGUUCCCCAAACCCCCCACCUGAUGCAACACUGCCAGUGAGAACGAGAGGUGGAACUUUUGGACAGCAUAUGAAAGAAGAACAUUUCUAUCAAAUCUAUUUAACUUAGGCUAACAGUCAGCAUCCAAAACUGAAACAAAGUGUUUGCAGAAUAUAUGUGUACUAUUAGAAACUGGUGGAUUAUAAAUCAGUCUAAUAGUAAUAUUCUAUAUUGACCACUAGAGCAAGCACAUGACACAAAACAGCUCCCGCUUCCCUGCAUGCGAGCACAGUUUCACUAAACAACAGACAAAGACUUAGGAUUACAUGCAUUCCUUCCAACAUCCGAUCACAUUAUGGGCGGUAAGAAGGAGUGUGAGCCACAGAUAAACCAUUCAAAAAUGCAGCUCCCUCUCACUUCCCCUGUGUCGCAGUGAUGGUGGACUGUGGGCAUUUUCACGAUUGCAGCUCUCCUCUAACACUUGGAGCGGCGUGACCACCGCACGUCCCACUGACUCACGGAUUUGAGCAGAUGUCUGGUCCAGUACCGACACCGGGCCACCUCCUCUGCGAACAUAAAUGGCUGGUCGUGUAGAGGGAUUCUGGGGAGAUUUGCACGGGUUAAGCCGCAGCAUCCUGGACUCCGGAGAGCGGAGGAGAAGAUGCUCGAGCACACAUGCGUCUAGAGGGAUGCGGGGCACUACACUCUCAUCUUUAGCAGUGUUCCUACUUUUAUUACACAGCGCGCAUGCUUCCGACGAUGACUUGAUUCAUGAAGCCUCUGGAUUAUUUCUGGAUGUGGCCUCCUCACCCCCCUCAACCCAUUUGUUUGGCAGCUUCCAUACAGACAGGAAUCCAGCUUCUUUAGUCCAGUCAGAUCCCAAAGGCUCGUCAAAGGGUAUCAGGGAACAACCUGAAUUUUCCUCUAUACUCACAUUACUUGCCAGCUCGGCACAAAAGCCUCCUGAACUCUUGUCAAAAGUUGUUGCAAGUUACAAUGAAACACAAUGGCCUUCAAAUGUAUAUUUGGAACAUGUGGAGCCAUCAUCUGUGCUGGUCAGCAACCAGUCGUCCAGCUCAGAGUUUGAGUGGAUAUCUAAACAUGAGGCAUCUGCGGCCACAUCCAGAGCUGCAGACCCUCUUCAUAAAGCAAGUGAUUCUAGCAGAUAUUCACCUGAGCAGAGAAACACUGCUGCACCCAAUAGAUCUUCGGCUGCAGCUGUGAACACACAACGAGAACGACCAGACAUUACUACCACUAUUGUAUCUCAACCUACAAUAUUUAACAGCAAUACCACAACCAGCAUCCCCUUUGGGAAAACCACAAAUCAGAUUAGCACUACCCAAUCAUCUGCUGCUAAACGACACUCCAAAGCACCUAGGACAGCAAUCAGAACUACAACUACAGAAUCUCCAAAGACAACACCUAAAAUCCUUCCUGCUGACACCUUAGAGAGCGCUAAGUUGGAACAUUCAAGGAGCACCUUAGUUCCUCCAAGAGCUUCUGCUACUGAUGCCUCCAUGCUGAGAUGUAACAUCACUGACAAGAUGUGGAUAAAAACAGUGUUGUCUGUACAGUUACGGAGGAGUCGUCUAGACAGUAUUUUGAAGCAGAAUCUCCCUCGAGGGUUUACUCAAGCACUGAAGAAGGCCUUGAACGACAGCACGGCUCAGGCUAAGAUUGGGAGCAUCUCCAGUAUACCUAACGUGACGGUCGGUUACUAUGUGACCCGUGGAGAGAUGGUGUACACUGCUUCGGUGGUGGUGGAGGCUCUAAGCGUCUAUGGUAUUGAAAGAUUGAUGGCAGACAUCCGGCAGUUUGUGCCACUGGUGCAGGCGAUUCCCAUCCCAGCAGUCCCCUGGAGACCCAGCCCUGCCAUCUCACUGAUGCUGAAGACAGUUCUGAGGUUUGUAGGACCAGGAGAUGACCUCAGGUCCUGCAGAUUUUCUCAGAUGAUGGAGCAGAGACUGGAGAAUGCUUUUGCUGAGGCAGAGGCCAUAGUGAUGAACUCUCACAGCGGUCUCACUGUACAGAUCCUGAGCACAUCACAGUCAAUGGGUUCUCCUGCUGUAUCUCUGAUUUAUGUGGUGCAUAAUGGGAGUAUCACUCUCAAUGGCUCAACUGCCAGUAACCUCCUCAGCCAACUGACUGCAGAGCUUGUCGGUUACUUCCUGUUUUACCCACCACUGAUCACAGCUGAGCCUCUGGAAUACUACAACCUUAACACAUCUGUAGUAACCAGGCCAUUUUGGAUAAUCACAGUGAUUCAGGAUGUGGAAAACUCCUCUCUGGAAGGACAGUACUAUAGUUUUGCUAGUCUGAUGGAGGAGAGGUUGGCGGAACUCUUCAUGGUGGCCCACCAGCAAGGUGUUCGCUUUAAGCGGGCAGCAACGGAGGGAAGUUACACUGUCCAGAUGGUUAGUAUCAGGCGUGUACAUGGGCCAAAAAACCCAGCUGAGAUGACCUACUACGUCCAGCAAAAUGGGACCCCACUGCUUGGCACAUCUGCAGCCAAGCUUCUGAACACAGUGGACUCGCAGACCAUGGCACUCACACUGGGAUACAUUGUUCAACUGCAGGCAGAAGCCAUAGUGAAAAAUCCACCCCACAAACUGUGGAUCAUUGCUGCAGUGCUAGCACCCAUUGGUGUGGUGACCAUCAUCAUGAUCAUCAUCACCACAGUGCUGUGUCACAAAAACAAGAGCGAUUUCAAAAGCGAUCCCAUUGGAAACUUCAAUCCUCGAGUCAAGACUGCUUACUGGAGAGACGUGGGUUAUUACCCUCAGCCUGUUCAGGGGUUUGACUAUGCCAAGCAACAUCUGGGUCAGCAGGGAGGUGAUGAGGAGAUCCUCCCGGUUACCCAGGAGACUAUGGUUCUGCCCCACCCCAUUCGCGAUGCCCCUCUGUCCCUAGAUAAGCUUGCACGCCAAGAUGGAUCCACUUCAAAGAAGAGCAUGAACAGUGAGAUAAGGAAAAGUAGGUUGCCGAGUGAGGAUGGUUCUGUCAUCAGCAGUGAAUCAGUGAAAGAGGUCUCAGGAAAGGGUUUGGCUGUGCAAAAAGCCACAGCACAGCAGAAACUCACAAAGGAGGAGACGAGGAAGAGUAAUGAUCAUUAUGAUAGUUCCUCAGGAUCACUUCAGCUUAUUUCUAUAAAACCAAUUGCAGCUCCACCCACCUGCCCGUGCCCAGUAUCCUCCGACCACAGUCACGACUCUGCUGUAUUCAAUGGAGAGGUGAAUUUUGCUCUGAAACAGAAGUCGGACAUUGAGCACUACAGGAAUAAGCUCAGAUUGAAGGCAAAGAGGAAGGGAUAUUAUGGCAUUCCUUCUGCUGAGGGGAAAGGUAGCACUAAAGACCAGCGACACAAGAACAGCCGCGGCAGGCCUCCACACCCACAGAGCAGAGCUCAGGAACUGGAGGACGACAGAGGAUCCACGUUUAUAAAGUCUCACAGGAGACCCUCUCAGGUGAGUCACCGAACACAUCAGAGCAGACAGUCUCUAAACAGUCCCAGUCCUGGAGGAACAGAGAUGGAUCUUCUGGUUAUGAGAGAGAGACCCAGAAAGGGGAACCGUAACAGUGGCUAUGAUACUGAGCCAGAGAUUAUUGAGGAGACUGACAUUGACCGACUGGCGGGCCGCCUUUAUUUUGGCUGUGGUCAACAAAUCAAAGGUCAAUCUGGGACAUCAACAUUGAGUUCCCAGCCUUCCAUAGAUGAGGUUCGUCAGCAGAUGCAUCUGCUGCUAGAAGAAGCCUUUAGUCUAGCUUCAGCUGGCCACACUACUUCCAGCAGACACCAUCACUCUAACCAUCAGCAUCCACAACUGGGACCCUAUGGCUUGGGUCCAGUCAUCCCGUACUCAGAGGUGGUGACCAGUGCACCGAGCACCAAGAGUCAAGGGCUGGGAGGCAUACAGUGGGUGCCAGCCUAUAGACCAGACCCUUACCAGUGCAGCCUUGCCAAGCAGACAUUCAGGUUCACUCAGCUUCCUGAGAUGGUUCUUGGGUCUCCUCCACCCCCUGUCCCACCAAGAACAGGCCCUCCUCCUGAGUCAUCACUGCGAAGGACAUCUUCAGAUCUUGGUCCGAAAGGUCAUUCUAAAUCGUCAAUUCUGAUUCAGCAUGACAGCACCCCACAUAGGCCAAACAGCAGAGCGCCACUCCCACCUGUCACUACUGAGGCCAUUCCCAACCACUCAGGAAAUCCCAUGACAGCAGUGUAUGCCAUCCCAGCCAGUUGUCCAGGAUACAAGGGAUUUUUCAUCUCUACACCACCCUCCUCCUACCACAGCCCAUCCUGGAUGUCUUACCCCCCUGAACCAGAGGAUGUGCCCCCUCAGUGGACUGAAUCUAUGCCCCUACCAGGCUAUGCAGAGGCCUUUCCUCACCCUCAUUAUCCUCAGGGCAGCCCACUCCUGUGGCACCACCGGCAGGCCGUUGAAGGUGGUCCAGAUAACCAACCCUUUUCCUCCACUGUCGUGUCCCAGCAAAUUCUAGCAGAGCCCGGAGAUCCGGUCAGCCUCGACACCCCCCUCAGCAGCCUUUCCACUUCAGCCCUAGUCAAAGCCAUCCGAGACGAGGUGGCCAAACUGACCAAGAAGCAAGCAGACAUGUUUGAGUUUCAAGUUUAGAACUUUCCAGUGGAUUCAUGGACUAGCUGCACUGAGACUGAAAGUCUGAUACAUUUAUGACUUCUGAUUUCACUGGAUACUACUUUGUUUCCCUUUCAGUGAAACACCUAUCUACUUUUACAGUUUUUGUGUGGUUCUUUCUGCUGAUGUACUAUAACAUUGAUACAUAAUAUUUUUUUUCUUUAUUGUAGUAUAACACUAAUUUGUUUUUAAAGUUUUUAUUUAAUGGGACAAUCUGCAGUUUUCCCUUUUUCACUGUGUUUUGUUUUAUAAAAACCGAGCAAUGUAAUCAAAAGGAUGGUCAUUAAUUACACAUUCCCAUUUUGUUAAACCCCCCUAAAAAUGUAUUAUAAAACGCAUAAAUUAAGAUAUU